UGGCUUGUCUAGGUACUCAACGGUAAGCAAAAGUCAAUGAUCUGACAUCCUUCUCUGUUUCCCUAUUAUCCAUAUGGGUCGCACGCCCUACGCUUUCCGUUUCCAUCGCUCUUGACAUUCUGUGCAUUUUUCCUCUCGAUUGUAUGCCCUUUCAACAUGUCGGCCUUGCCAAUCAUGCAAGAGGAAGCCGACCUUGGCGAAUUCUUCGACUUCCAGAACGCCGUCUCGGAUGGUGGUAGCAUGCAGACUAGUGCGGUUGCUGACCUGGAUCAUCUUUCUCAUACUGCCGAGAGCGGUCACUACAACGAGGCCACCGACCCUGCUCUUGGUCACAAGGAAGCAGAAGCUUCAGACUACAGCAACUUCUCAAAAUGGAUACCCAGGUUCAUUCAGCCUGACGAGCCUUGCACUUACUGUCGAGACCGCAAGCUCAACUGCUAUCUGAGUUAUGGCAAGGUUACUUGUACUGCCUGCGAUACGCUCUUCAGACCUUGCAGCUUCGUCAAGUCUCGUACCCAAGAUGCUUACCAAGUGCCUGAAGGGGAGUCGGCAAUGGGUCUUGUCGACACCUUGCAUCCAGUUAUUGAGGAUUGCUGUCAAGAACAGGGAGAACUUACCGGUGUCCGAUCUCUCAAAUCGAUGCCGGAUGCGUCGAAGAAGUCUAACAGCCGCUUCUCUAAAGCUGCCGUGAAGGUGCUAAGAAACUGGUUGGAUGAACAUCAGAGCAACCCCUACCCAACCGAGGACGAAAAAGAACAGCUGGGUCGCACCACUGGACUACGAGUUGCUCAAAUCAACACAUGGCUUGCCAAUGCUCGUCGUAGAGGCAAGGCUGGCAUCAAGAACAAGGCUACUAUGGACGGGUUGCCACAAUCAACCACAACCUCGAUACCGCCAACCGCCGCGAUUGGUAUCCCUGGCUCCACGGAAAUUGAGGUCAACAAGUGGAGUGAUAUGAACCCUCUUGAGCGAUGGAAGCACUCGCCACCAAGCAACGAACCUGCUCCCUUCAAUGCUAUUGCCGACGCUUUGGACAGACGAGAUCUGCCUGACUUCGCAGCGGAAGAAUCAAGCUCCCCGUCCACUUUGGGCUGGCAGGGCCUUGGUUCAAGUCGCGAUGACUCGAGAUCCUCAAACCGAAGAGCAGCAUCUGUAACAUCUCUAGAGAAAUCUACCUCUAACUCUGCUGCGUCGUCUGCAGCUUGGUCGGGCUCACGCGAGUCCUGGGGAUCAUACAGCUCGUUUGGAAGCAGUCUUAACGGCAGGAAGGAGCGAAGACGACGACGCAAGGUACCCGGCACUACUCUGAGGAAGCCAUCGAACGACAAGAACGCCAAAAAAGACAGGAUCUACCAGUGUACCUUCUGCACAGAUACGUUCACGACAAAGUACGACUGGCAACGCCACGAGAAGACCUUGCAUCUUUCUCUAGAGAAAUACAUAUGCUGCCCCUUGGGCCCUGAAACACUGGAUCCUGCGACAGGGAAGACCAUCUGCGCUUAUUGCUGUGAGUCUGAGCCGUCGAAAGAUCACAUUGAGUCACACAACCACCGCCAGUGUCUAGACAAAGGCUUCGAGGGACGGACAUUCUACCGUAAAGAUCAUCUGCGACAACAUCUCCGACUCGUGCAUGAAUCUAAGCUGCUGCCGCACAUGGAAGGCUGGAAGACGAAUCUCACCAAUGUCAACAGCAGAUGUGGCUUUUGCAACCAGCGCUUCAGUAUAUGGUCCGAGCGCAACGAUCAUCUGGCCGCGCACUUCAAGAGCGGUGCUAGGAUGAGUGAUUGGAAAGGUUGUCGGGGUCUCGAUCCGCCCAUCGCCGCACUUGUCAACAGCGCCAUGCCGCCAUACCUCAUCGGCAUGGAGACCGACUCAGUAAACCCCUUUACUGCAACAGACCCGACGAGAUGUAUGACCGUCCAGUCACAUCUGGAAAAUGGUGGCGCUCCGACCACAUGUUGGGAGAUCUUGACUGUACGCCUCGGAAAGUUUGCAAAGGAUCAAACGGAUAGGGGCGUCAUCCUCACCGACGAGAUGUUGCAGAGCGCAGCACGACGCAUCCUUUAUGAUUCAGAUGAUGCUUGGGACAACACGGCUGCUGACAACCCUGAGUGGCUGGAUCUAUUCAAAAGAGCUCAUGCGCUCGAUUAUAUCCCGACAGAGGUCUCGGGCAUAGGCAAGAACAUUCCGGAAGACCUCGAAAUCUACACGGAUCUUGGUAUGCGGAUCCCUUUCAGUGUUCAAUUGGCCCGUGGGAUGACGCCCGGCUAUCCACCAGCUGGCUUGCCAGAGAUCGGACAAGCAGAGGGGCAUCUGGACGGCUUAACAACGACGCUACCGCAAGAUCAGGCUUACCGUCCACGGCUACGCCCAGUUGUCCAUAACGACUCGACUUCCGGCAGAUCGUCCUUCUCGCACGCCUCGGCGCAAUACGACUUUAGUUCCGCCACACCAGCAACGUUCCAAAGUCAAGGUUCGACACCUCUACAGCUCGACACACCUCAAGAGAUGGGAACAGGCGACUGCUUGGAUGCAGACAUCGACGCUUUCUUAGCAGAAGCAGGCUACCAAGCCCCGCAUCAAGCCAAUGCGGGUGACCUGGCCCGACAACAAAACGCCAUGAUAUCCCAACAAUACGGCCUAGACAACUCAUUGACACCGGAGCGAGCACAACAGCAACUCGCUGAGUUGAACGCUGCGAUGGCUGUACUCACCGAACAAGCCGUACUUUGCGAAAUGCCAGUGGCCAACCAAUAUACGAAUAACAUGGACUACAACAAUCUCGGUAUGGAUGCAGAGUUCUCGGAUUUGAUGAACUCAACAUCAACAACAACACCAAGCUAUGACGGUCUCUCCGCCCCCGCAUGGGAGGAUAAAAAUCAAUAUUUCACGAGUGCAGGACAGGAGUCUGGGCUAUUGGCGACGGAUAUGACGAUGCAAGAUUUGGAUAUGAAUGAUAUACAGUUUGGAGAUAUGGAUUUUAGCAUGGGCUUCCAAUAGUUGGAGUGUAGAUUUUACGAAGUCAAAGGAAUACAAAUUUUUCGG